UAGAACAAACAGAAAAAGAAAGAGUACAGUCAUACACAGCUCGACAGUGUCCCCAGCACAAUGAUUCACACCACCAUUGGUCCAUUACCACUCCAUGCCAUUAUGAUGUCCCCCUAACCCACAUUUCUCAACUUUAUUAAGUUUAAUUAAUCGUAAAACUGUAACUUAUUUCAAAACCUCGCCAAACUCAAAAGAUCCAUCACUCACACACUAAUGGCGAUCAUAACAGAACAAGAACAAGAAGAACCAAAUCUUCAACAAAAACAACGACCAAAUAACUCAACCAAGUCCCUCAAACCCAAAUCAACCUCAACCACAACACAACCACCAAACUCAUUCUCUUUCUGGUUCUACUUCAAACUUUCAAUCUCUCUCAUAACCCUCUUAUUCCUCUUCAGUUCAUCAUCCCUUACACCACAAGACCCCAAAACAUGGUUCCUCAACUUACCCACCAAUCUCCGUCAACACUACUCCAAAGGCCGCACCAUCAAAAUCCAAACCCACCCAAACCAACAACCAAUCCAACUCUUCACCUUCCAACUGGGUCCCACCACUCCAAAACCUUCCGAAACCGUUCUCAUUCUUCACGGCCAAUGUCUCACUUCAUACUCUUACCGAAACCUAAUUCAAUCUCUCGCCACAAAAGGCGUUCGCGUCGUCGCGAUCGAUCUUCCCGGUAAUGGAUUCUCCGAUAAAACAAUUGAAGUUACAAUUGAAGGGUUUAAUGGGGUUUUUGGUAGGUUAAGUUAUGUUUAUAGUGAAAUUCAAGAAAAGGGUUUUUUUUGGGCUUUUGAUCAAAUCGUUGAAACUGGUCAAAUUCCUUAUGAAGAAAUUCAAGCUAGAAUGUUAAAGAGGAAAGUGAAAAAGGUUAUUGAUUUGGGUCCAGAAGUGAUGGGGAAAGUUUUGGGUCAGGUUGUUGAUACAUUAGGGUUAGCUCCUGUUCAUUUGGUUUUGCACGAUUCAGCUUUAGGGUUAAGUGCUAAUUGGGUUUCUGAGAAUUCGGAAUUGGUAAAAAGUUUGACACUUGUUGAUACGGUCGCUUCAAAUUCGGGUGCUUUUCCUAUUUGGGUUUUGGAGAUUCCUUUUAUUAGAGAGGUUGUUUUAGGGUUUCCUUUGGUUUUUGCAAAGGUGGUGAAUUUUUGUUGUUCUAAGAGGAUCGGUGGUUUGGAUGCUGAUGCACAUAGGGUGCUUUUGAAGGCUGGGGAUGGAAGGAAAGCGGUUGUGGCUAUUGGGAAGAAUUUGAAUUCUAGCUUUGAUUUGGAAGAAUGGAGUGGUUCUGAUGGAUUGAAAGAUAUGCCAAUGCAACUGCUUUGGUCUAGUGAUUGGUCCGAAGAAUGGAGCCGGGAAGGGAAUCGGGUUGCGGCUGCACUUCCACGGGCAAAUUUUGUUAGGCAUUCUGGUGGCCGGUGGGCUCAGGAGGAUGCAGCAGUUGAGAUAGCUGAAAAAAUUUCUCAAUUUGUCUUGUCGCUACCAAAGACUGUCAGAAAAGUUGAGCAAGAGUCAUCCAUCCCAGACCACAUACAGAAGAUGUUUGAUGAAGCAAAAAGUGAUGGUCAUGAUGAUCAUUUUCACCAUCAUGGUCACAGUCACGGACAUGAUCACCUCGGUGAAGAUCACAUUCAUGAAGCGGGUUAUAUGGAUGCAUAUGGGCUUGGUCAUGGAGCUCAUGAUUGGUGAAGGUGAUCACUGGAUAUUACUGGCUAAUAUUCACGCCAGUAGACAUCACUCAACUAAAGCCAACAUGUAUUUAUUUUAGCUGUUAUACUUUUUCAAAAUCUGUGAAGGGUGAUGAGAAAAUUAUGGCUAUGUAACAAUUAUGCACAGGGAGACACAUCUUUUUUUAACUGAAAAACUAAUUACAUCUUAUGCUCUUGUUUGGAGCCAGUUUUUGUGUUGGGAUUUAGGAACAAGCUUUUGAAGGUGUUCAUUGAGACGAAACGUUGAUCAAAUGUACUUUAAAUUAUUUUAGAAUGUUAUGACGUCAUCUAAUCCAUAUAGUCGAUCCUACUUAGUAUAAUAAAGACUUGGUUGUUGUUGUUGUA